CAGAAAUUUGAACAGUAUUUAGCCGACAUUAACGGCUACAUUUUCAACAAAGCGAAAAGGCCUACUGUUGCCAAUAAAAUAUCACAACGAAAUUACAAAGUAAUUAAACAAGAACGAUCAAAAUGUCUGCUCCCGCUAUCGGUAUUGACUUGGGUACUACCUACUCUUGUGUAGGUGUAUACAAGGACAACAAUGUCGAAAUCAUUCCUAAUGACCAGGGUAAUAGAACAACACCCUCCUACGUAGCCUUCACCGACACCGAACGUCUUAUCGGUGAUGCCGCCAAGAACCAAGAAGCACGUAACCCUGAGAACACCGUAUUCGACGCUAAAAGGCUUAUUGGAAGGAGAUUCGACGACAAGACCGUACAGGAUGACAUGAAACACUGGCCAUUCAAGGUCACCAACGGUGUCGGUGGUAAACCAACCAUCGAGGUCACCUUCCAGGGACAAAAGAAGAGCUUCCACCCAGAAGAAAUUUCAUCCAUGGUGCUCAUCAAAAUGAAGGAAAUUGCCGAGCUGUACCUGGGUAAGACCGUAAAGGAUGCCGUCAUCACCGUACCCGCCUACUUCAACGACUCCCAGAGGCAGGCUACCAAGGACGCUGGUACCAUUGCUGGUCUCAACGUUAUGCGUAUCAUCAACGAACCCACCGCUGCCGCCAUUGCCUACGGUUUGGACAAGAAGGGAUCUGAAGAGAAGAACGUACUCAUCUUCGAUCUUGGUGGUGGUACUUUCGAUGUGUCAAUCCUUACCAUUGAAGACGGUAUCUUCGAAGUCAAGGCCACCGCUGGUGACACCCACCUUGGUGGUGAAGACUUCGACAACUUGCUCGUUGAGCACUGUGUGCGUGACUUCAUGAGGAUCAACAACGGAAAGAACUUGGCAAGCAACAAACGUGCUCUUCGUCGUCUCAGGACCCACUGUGAGCGUGCUAAGCGUGUGCUUUCCAGCUCUACCCAGGCCACCAUUGAACUCGACUCCCUCUUCGAAGGUAUUGACUACAACACUACCAUCAGCCGUGCUCGUUUCGAGGAAAUGUGUGGUGAGAAGUUCAGGGGAACUUUGAUCCCAGUGGAAAAGGCAUUGGAAUCCAGUGGUCUCGACAAGAGGAAAAUCCACGAAGUCGUUCUUGUCGGUGGUUCCACCCGUAUCCCCAAGAUCCAGAGUCUCAUCAAGGAGUUCUUCAACGGAAAAGAGCCAAGCCGCUCAAUCAACCCCGAUGAAGCCGUUGCCUACGGUGCCGCUGUACAGGCUGCCAUCUUGUCCGGUGACCAGUCUGGCAAGAUCCAGGAAUUGCUUCUUCUCGAUGUCGCUCCACUCUCCCUCGGUCUCGAAACCGCUGGUGGUGUCAUGACCGUGCUCAUCAAGAGGAACACCACAAUCCCUACCAAGAAGACCCAGAUCUUCACCACCAACGAGAACAACCAGGAAGGUGUGUUCAUCCAGGUCUUCGAAGGUGAACGUGCUAUGACCAAGGACAACAACUUGCUAGGAAAGUUCCACCUCACCGGUAUUGCACCAGCUCCACGUGGUGUGCCUCAAAUCGAAGUUACUUUCGAUAUCGAUGCCAACGGUAUCCUUAACGUCACUGCCAUGGACAAGUCUACUGGAAAGUCAGAGCAUGUCACCAUCACCAACGACAAGGGACGCCUCAGCACCGCCGAUAUCGAGCGCAUGGUUGCCGAAGCCGAGAAGUUCAAGGAGGAGGAUGAGGCCAGGCGUUCAUGCGUUGAGGCCAAGCACCAGCUUGAAAACUACUGCUACAGCAUGAGGAAUACCCUCAACGAAGACUCUGUCAAGACCAAGCUCGAUGCUGGAGAAAUCUCAUCAGCACUCGCCGUCAUUGAUGAAGCCAUCAAGUGGCUCGAGACCAACCAGACCGCCACCAAGGAAGAGUUUGAAUACAAGCUCAAGGAGGUCGAAAAGGUCUGCCAGCCACUCGCUACCAAGAUGUACCAGGCUGCCGGUGCUGGAGGCAUGCCAACUGGCGGCCCAGGCGGAUUCGGAGGCGCUGCCCCCGGAGGUGGCUCAUCUAGCGGACCCACUGUUGAGGAAGUUGACUAAGCACAUGGCAAUGCCUGAAAACAUUUAUUUACUCAUCAAACAAUGCUAGUCUUCACUUAACAAAAACGUAAUCAUGAGAAUAC